GAUGAGUGAUUUCCUGAGCAUGCCUAGGGAAUGACAGGCAUCUGCUCAGGCAGACUGCGUUACCUUGGCCGGUGUCGUCAUUGGCUGCCUAUUAGAAAAACUGCAAGACAAUGCAUACCACUGCCUGCGACUGUAAACAUAAGGGCUAUGUGUUCCCUUAGCAUGGACUUCGGGGAGGGGCCAAAAAAGGGCGGUCUGCAGUUUUAUUGAGUAGGGCACUGUGGGCUAGGCUGCCUGCCUGCCUACCGCUCUCUUGCUGUGCUCCUGCUUAAAGGAAUCAGUCCGUCCUCUCCAACCUCGUCCACCGAGAAGAAGUUGCAGCGUCAGGGAGACAUUGCCUGGUCUCCUUAAACCUGACACCUCACCAUGGAUGAUUUUGAACGUCGCAGAGAACUCAGGAGACAAAAGAGGGAGGAGAUGCGGUUGGAAGCAGAAAGAAUCGCCUAUCAGAGAAAUGACGAUGAUGAAGAAGAGGCUGCCCGGGAACGGCGCCGCCGAGCCCGACAGGAGAGGCUGCGGCAGAAGCAAGAGGAGGAAUCCUUGGGACAGGUGACUGACCAGCUGGAGGUUCAUGCCCAGAACAGUGUCCCUGAUGAGGAGGCCAAGCCAACCACCACAAACACUCAGGCAGAAGGUGAUGAGGAGGCUGCAUUACUGGAGCGUCUGGCUCGGAGAGAAGAGAGACGCCAAAAACGUCUUCAGGAAGCACUAGAGCGGCAGAAGGAGUUUGAUCCAACAAUAGCAGAUUCCAGUCUGUCACAGCCAAGCCAAAGAAUGCAGAACAACCUAGUAGAGAAUGAGACUGCGGAGAAGGAAGAAAAAAGGGAGAGUCGCCAAGAAAGAUACGAGAUGGAAGAAACAGAGAUCGUUACCAAGUCCUACCAGAAGAAUGACUGGCAGGAUGCUGAAGACAGAAAGAGAGAAGAAAAAGAAAAGGAGGAAGAGGAAGCAGAGAAGCCAAAGCAAGGGAGCAUUGGAGAAAACCAGGUAGAGGGGCUGGUAGAAGAGAAAACAGCAGAGAUUCAAGAGGAGACGGUGGUAACGGUGAUGAAAAAUGGGCAGAUUAGUGCAGAAGAGUCUAAACCAGAGGAGGAGAGGGACCGAGGCUCAGGGGAGGCUUCCCAUAAUGAAAAGAUGGAAGAGGAAGAGCGAGAAAGAGCUGAGGCAGAGAGGUUAAGGUUAGAAGCAGAAGAAAGAGAAAGGAUUAAAGCUGAGCAAGAAAAAGAGAUAGCACAGGAGAGAGCAAGAAUUGAAGCAGAAGAAAAAGCGGCUGCACAAGAAAGGGAAAGGAAAGAGGCAGAAGAGAGGGAGAAGACCAAGGAGGAGGAGAGAAGAAGGGCGGAGGAGGAGAGAAGGGUGGAGGAGGAGAGGAGGGCAGAGGAGGAGAGAAGGGCAGAGGAGGAGAGAAGGGCGGAGGAGGAGAGAAGAGCAGAGGAGGAGAGAAAGGCCGCGGAAAAGAGAAAGGUGGAGGAGGAGAAAAGGGCCGAGGAGGAAAGGCAGAGAGCCAAGGCAGAGGAGGAGGCUAGGAUAGAAGAGCAAAAACGAAAAAAGCAGCUAGAAGAGAAAAAAAAAGAAAUGCAAGACACAAAGAUGACAGGGGAGAAAGGAAAAGACAAAAGAGAAGGGAAAUGGGUAAAUGAAAAGAAAGUGCAAGAAGAUAAGCCUCAGACAGCUGUCCUAAAGAAACAGGAAGAAGAAAGGGGAGCUAAAGAGCAAGCUCAAAAACAAAAGUUCCAAGAAGACAAGCCUGCUUCCAAAACACAAGAGAUCAAAGAUGAGAAGAUUAAAAAGGAUAAGGAGCCCAAAGAAGAAGUUAAGACCUUCUUGGAUCGCAAGAAAGGAUUUACAGAAGUGAAGUCACAGAAUGGAGAAUUCAUGACCCACAAACUUAAAGUCACCGAGAAUGCAUUUAGCCCCAGCCGCCCUGGAGGCAGCAAGGAGGCCGAGGGCGCCCCACAGGUGGAGGCAGGCAAGCGGCUGGAGGAGCUGCGCCGCCGGCGCGGGGAGACCGAGAGCGAGGAGUUCGAGAAGCUCAAGCAGAAGCAGCAGGAGGCGGCCCUGGAGCUGGAGGAGCUGAAGAAGAAGAGGGAGGAGCGCAGGAAGGUGUUGGAGGAGGAGGAACAGAAGAAAAAGCAGGAGGAGGCAGACCGCAGAGCCAGGGAGGAGGAGGAGAAGAGGCGGCUAAAGGAGGAGAUUGAGAGGCGAAGGGCAGAAGCUGCUGAGAAACGCCAGAAGAUGCCGGAAGAUGGUUUGUCAGAUGAGAAGAAGCCUUUCAAGUGUUUCACCCCCAAAGGCUCAUCUCUCAAGAUAGAAGAGCGAGCAGAAUUUUUGAAUAAAUCUGUGCAGAAAAGCAGUGGUGUCAAAUCAACUCAUCAAGCAGCAGUGGUCUCCAAGAUUGACAGUCGCCUAGAGCAAUACACCAGUGCAAUUGAGGGAACAAAAACUGCAAAGCCUACCAAACCAGCAGCCUCAAAUCUCCCUGUUCCUGCUGAAGGCGUGCGCAACAUCAAGAGCAUGUGGGAGAAGGGAAACGUGUUUUCAUCCCCCACUGCCUCAGGCACACCAAAUAAGGAAACUGCUGGCCUGAAGGUGGGAGUGUCCAGCCGCAUCAGUGAGUGGCUCACUAAAACCCCCGAUGGGAACAAAUCGCCUGCUCCCAAGCCUUCUGACUUGAGGCCGGGAGAUGUAUCUGGCAAGCGGAACCUCUGGGAAAAGCAGCCUGUGGAUAAGGUCACUUCCCCCACUAAGCAGGUUUGAAGCAGUUGGAGAAAAACCCAAGCUCAAGAUGCUGGACCAGCUCAAUUGUAGAGGGCUCAUUGCUCUGUUUUAUAUUUAUGUUUUACUAAAUUGGGUUCAUUUUCUUUUGUUUUGUUUUUCAAUAUCCCAGUAAACCCAUGUAUAUGAUCACUAUAUUUAAUAGUCACAUCUAGAGAUGUUCAUGGUCAACUUUGCACAGGAGCCUGUUUCGAAAGAAACCCAUGCUGUGAAAUAGACUUUUCUACUGCUCAUCAGAACUCUUUGUCUGAACAGUGAUACCAAUCAAGUGGAAGUCAACAAAGGGGAUUCAAGAUUAAGAUUGCCUGAGGAAUUUGUGCAGUAUCUAGAAAAAUGAACCAUAGGAUUUUUUAAAAAAUUCAUACAGAAGUGACAUUAUUUCUGCACUUUAGAAUAAAGCAUGGAAGAAAUUAUCUAGAGUAGGCAAUUGUAACUUUCUGAAAUAACCCAUAUCAGAUUUGAUAUACAGCAAUAAUGAUUGUCUUUUUUAAAAAAGAAGAUGUACUAAGGUAUUACUUUUUUCAUGCUGAUUCAUAUCUAAAUUGGAUUAUUAUUUUAGCUGACAGUGGUACUGAUUUUUUUUUAGGUUGAUUGCUUUGUGGAUUUCUUUGGUAGUGAUAGUAGCCUGAACCACAUUUUAGAUUACCCAGUUAUGUAUGUAUGUAUGUGCAUACACAUAUACAAACACACUAAUGGUAGAAUGCUUUUUCAUGUGCUAGACUAUUAUAUUUAGUAGUAUGUCCUUGUAACUAGCCAAUAUCACAGCUUUUUAAAAGUUAAAAAUCACAAUAUUAUAUUAAUAUUUCAUAUUUGCCAGUCGAAACAUGGCAGAUAGGUAUCAAUAUGUUUUCAAUGCCCAAUGACCUAUAAUAAAAAGCACUGCAACAAAGAAGGAUUAGAAAUGUCAAAAAUGAGUUAAAAUUUUCUAUAAAAUAGUAUUUACUUUAUAACUAAAGGCAAUCUUGAAGUCCAGUGUGAAUUGUAUUAAAUCUACCAAACUCAAAGCCUGCUUAUUUAUAACAAUAAAGUUCACAGUAAGUUGGCCUACAUGAGAACUAACAUCUCUUCCCUCACUGAAAUGUAAAGACAAGAAUUUCAGUGAUGAUAUUACACAGACUGGAAUUCCACAUAGAGGUCUAAGCAAAGGCUGAUUCGGGUUCAUGUUUAGAAGCAAACAAGUCAAUAAAAUCCAGUGUUGAGGAGUCCAAUAGUAUUUCUAUCUUUAUAUACCCUGAAACAUUUUUAAUUAAACUUUUCUACCUUUUUUAGUCAUUUAUAUCUGUUAUAAGUUGAUAAUGUGUUGAAAUUUCAAAAAAGUGUACGUUAAUUCUACUUUUGCUUUUUCCCCGAGUCAAUUUUGACAUUAUUAUUGCACACACGCAAUCUAGACAUCAGAUUUUAUUUUAACCUCCAAGUCUUUUUUAUUGACAAUAGAUGAAAGAGGAUGCCAGUGUGUUGGCAAAAUGUCCUAGGGUAGACAACACACACAGUGUCAUCUAUGAACUCAUACCUCAUUUAUCAAAAAUUGCCUUUGUCUCAAUUUCUACCAGACUGACAGAGUUUCUCAAACAACUGUUUUCUGACCCACAUAUUUUCCUGGAAAGGCUCACUGUGGCUUCAGGAAUAGCCAUUGCCUUAGAAAUCUGUUUCCUCACGAUCAGGAAAGGCUAGUGGAAUCCCCUAUCUUUCAGCAAAGCUUGGACAAAGGAAGAUAAGCCACCAAGAUUGCACACAUACUCCCAACCACCCAUGACAGAGUAGACACAAGUCUAUGAUAAGAUAAAAUAGGAUUUACAUGAAGCACCAAUGUAAAUAACUACCAUCAUUGCAGUGAGACGGAUCAAUUGCAUUGUUGAUUGUGAGAGAAUAUUGCUGUGUUGAGCUUUUGAACCAGAGCAUCUCCUGGUCACUAUCACAUAUUCCUCUAGAAAGUGUGACAUUGAGAAGAGAAUGUAUUGAUUCUGACUUUUAUUCCAAUAUUUGGAUGGAAUAAGUUUAGGAUAGAAUUCUGUUCAGUUUGGAUUUAAUCUUUUGCAAAGCAAGUUCCUCAAUACAAUUCUCUGUUAUCUUUAAGAGAUUAUACUGUAAGUCAACUAGCAUGUUCUGUGAAUCUGCCAUUCCUAAAAAUGUUACAAACACUUGAUAAUUUUCACUGAUGACUGAUCGCUGCAAUAAAAUAUAUUGUGAAAAUGCAUCCACAAUAAAUGGAAUUCCUCCAAA